AUGGAUGAAGCGGAGUCUGUAGACGUGAGCACAAAAGAUCCUGUUUGGAAGUAUACAAUCUCAAAUUCGAAUGAGAAGUAUUUUAAGUGUAAGUUUUGCAAGCAACAAUGUACGGGCAGUAUCAACCGACUGAAACAUCAUUUAGCAGGUACUCGUAACGGAAUGAAGCCUUGUCCCAAAGUUCCUGGUGAUGUAGCAGUAGAAUGUAGUCAUAUUGGUGGUGAAUCUGGUAACUCGUCAUGUAAUGACGCUAUAUCACCAAAGCGCAGAGGUCCUAUAGAUAAUUUUGUAAAUUCUCAAGCUAGGCAAGCUACUUUGAAUUCUAAAUGGAAAAAAGAGGAAAGAAAAUUAGUUUGUCAACAGAUUGGCCGAUUUUUCUUCUCAAGUGGGAUUCCAUUUAAUGUUGCAAACGAUCCUUACUAUUUGCCGAUGUUUGACGGAGUAGAAAACUUUGGGCCAGAUAGUUGGUCGGAUGGAAAAAGUAGAUGUUUCAUCAACUUUCUUGUGAACAGCCCGGAUGAUGGAACUUGGCCUCAUAUGUAUUGGACCCCAUGUGCAGCACACUGCAUCGAUCUCAUGUUAGAGGAUAAAAGUAAGUUGAAAAUUCAUCAAGAGACACUCAAAAAAGCAAAAGAUGUGGUAAAGUUCAUUUAUGGGCAUACUUGGGUGUUGGAUUUGAUGAGAUCUUUCACGAAGAAUCAUGAACUUCUUCGUCCUGUUGUUACUCGUUUUACUACUGCAUAUCUGACUCUUCAAAGUAUUCAGAAACAAAAACAAGCUCUUCGAUCUAUGUUCUCUUCCGAAGCUUGGAAUACUUCUACAUGGGCUAACAAACACGAAGGAGUGAAAACAAGAGCUACAGUUCUAUUUGAUCAAAACUUUUGGCCUCACAUUGCUUACUGUGUGAAGAGUGUUACUCCUUUAGUGAGUGUUCUACGGGAAGUUGAUUCAGAAGAGAAGCCUUGUAUGGGAUAUAUGUAUCAUUUGAUGACUAAGGCUAAGGAAAAUAUAGCUUUCAAUUGUGGUAAUAACGAAAAAAGUAUGGUCCUGUUUGGAGAAGAAUAG